AUGUCGGACUCAGUGGACCGCGUCUUCGUCCACGCCCUCAACACAGUCAAACGGAUUCCGCGGACGGGGACGGCGCGUCCGCCCGCCUCGGAGCGCUUGAAGUUGUAUGGCUUGUAUAAGCAGAGUAUGGAAGGUGACGUCGAAGGUGUCAUGGAUCGACCGGUGGGGAAUACCCCGGAUGUGUUUAUGGAGUGUGAGAAGUGGGAUACGUGGUACGCCCAGCGCGGUCUCUCCCGCACCGAAGCCAAACGCCGGUACAUCUCCACGCUGAUCGAGACGAUGCAUCAGUAUGCGUCGCAGACCGCCGAGGCCCGCGAGCUGGUCGCCGAGUUGGAGUUCGUCUGGGAUCAGAUCAAGUCGAAUACCGCUUCGUUGGAGUCGUCGGAGUCCGGCUCGGAGGCGCUUCUGAGGAGCCAGGGGUUGGCCGCCGAUUUCCGGUCACAUCGUGGGUCGGCGGGGGAGAGUGGUGGUGGUGCUUCGGCGUCGGGGCGACGCUUGUCGCGCGAGGAGUAUGCGCGGUGGCUUCUUGCUACGUCGAUGGGGGAGGGCGAAACGGCGGCGGCGGCCUCGUCUCGACAUGGUGGGCGCGGACGUGUUCGCGAGGAGGGCUCGGGGCUGAGGGUGAUGAGUCCCGUGAGUCAGCCGAGUCAGCCAGGGGCGUAUGCUCGGUCGCGUUCCAAGGGAUAUGGCGAUGAUGAGGUAGAUCAUCAUGAUCAUGAUGCGAAUGAGGAGGAGGAGGAUGAGGAAGAGGUGUACGCGGAGGCUCAGGAUAAUCUCUAUGAAGAAGAAGAUGAUGACGACGACGACGCGGAGGCGAACGACUACCGACCACAACCCCAUCCUCACGAAGCAGUAGAGCCCCCCGAUCCCCCGUCAAGAGGGAGGCCACGCCGGCCGCCGCCCCCUCCCACACCGGCAUCCUGGCGUCGCCGCGUCGAGCAGGCCUUGACGACGAUGACGGCCGAGAUCGCCGCCGUGCGCGAGCAGAUGGAGGCGCGCGCGCGGGCCCAGCGCCGCCGCUCGGGCGUCUGGGCCUGGGUCCGCUGGUUCCUGUGGGUGUGUUUCCGGCAGGUGAUGGUGGAUCUGGCCAUCCUGGGGGUCCUGUGGGUGUGGAUGCGCCUCCGCGGGGACCGGCGGCUGGAAGUUGUGCUCAAGAUUGGGUGGGCGGAGGUGAAGAGUCGAUUGGCGAGGACGAGGCUCUGGCGGAGGAAGAGGAUCCCUCGAGGCGAUUCUUGA